UUGCACGGAUCAGCGGCUUCUUUGAAGUUAGUCACUUCACGAACGCGAGUGUGUGAGUGAUGUAAAACGUAAAAAAUGUUGGAGUUAUCGUCGAAACUAACUUAAAAUGGGAUUAGACAACUUAAAAAGAUUCAUCAUAGUGUGGAGUUUGUUCAACGGAAUAAUUUGUAACGAUCAAGAGUUAGAUGUGUCAAGCCUGCUGCGGAAGCACCCGUUCAACCAGUUCCUGUUUAGCACGGUUCCCAAACCGUUCCACAUCGUGAACCCCAAGCAGGUCGUGCGACAGAGCCUGGAACCAGUGGACACGCGUGAACGACAGCUUCCUCACCAUGGAAUCUAUGAGCAUGCAGAGCAAGUGACAUUUCAGAUAGUUAUUGACAAAAAGAAGCACAAGUUAAAAUUACAGAGAAAUGAUAAGCUGUUUUCUGCGGGUAUCCAGGUGAAGUACUUUCAAGAUGAGAAGUCGCAGAGGGAGAUCGUAACCAAGACGGUGGAGCACUGCUACUACCAGGGCACUGUGAGGAGGGAUGAGUGGUCAGCAGUGGCCGUGUCCACAUGUCAGGGAAUACGGGGUGUCAUACAGAUGAACAAUGAGACCUACCUGAUUCAUCCGAUGGAAGGAGGGGUUGCAGGGGAGGAAUGGCCGCACAUGAUAUACAAGGGAAGUAACUCAGAGGUGGAAAGUUGUGGAAACAGUCAGGGCAAGUGGCUUCCCUUUCAUGAGCUGCACAAAAAUGACUACAUCAGCAAAUUGAAAUACCUCAACCACAAGCGGAAGCAGAACCCGGAGAGUGACUCGCCCCUGGUGACCAACAAAUUCCUGAAGCUGGCGCUGGUGCUGGACAACUCAAUGUACUGGAGCCUGAACCUCACAGUGCAGGACAUGCUGCAGUAUGCAGCGCUCACUGCAAACAUUGUGGACAUGUACUAUGAAGAGUUGAACGUGGAUGUAGCACUGUCCUAUGUGGAGUUCUGGAACACGAGGAACCGUAUCCCUGUCACAGAGAGGCUUAGAGAGACCCUAGAGAACUUCAUGAAGUUCCAGGACACCCACCUACGUGACGCCGAGUAUCACACUGCACAUCUCCUCACUCGUCGUCGGUUUGAGAGUACAUCAGUAGGAAUGGCGGUGCCUGACUCUGUGUGUACUUCCAGGGCAGGAGGCAUUAACUGGAACCCCAGCUACCUGCAGAUUCAGCAGGGCGCCACCAUCCUGUCCCACAUGAUUGGACAUAACCUGGGCAUCAAGCAUGAUGAAGAUGCGAAAUGGAGAAAUUUGUAUCAUGAAGGGGGCUGUGAUUGCAAGGAUGAGUUUGGCUGCAUCAUGUCCACUGAAGUUCUAGGUACCCCAGAUCUUCACUCGCGGAUGUUUUCUCGCUGUAGCUACAAGGACUGGGACAUCUCCCUCAACAUGGGCAUUGCUAACUGUCUCACCUUGGACCCUCAGCCCAAGUUCCAGCAGACGUGUGGCAACAAAUAUGUAGAGAGAGGGGAGGAGUGUGACUGUGGAUCACCAGAGGAGUGUGCCCUCUCUGACCCCUGCUGUGACCCGGGCACCUGUCUGCUGAAAUACUGGGCCCAGUGUCGUACAGGGGCAUGCUGCCAUAACUGCUCAUACCUGGCCACAGACUAUGUAUGUCGUGAGAGGUCCACAGACUGUGAUGUGCCUGAGUUCUGUACGGGGCGGGACGGAGAGUGCCCUGCCAACAACUAUGCAAAGGACGGUCACACGUGUAAUAACAACACAGGCUACUGCAUGGGGGGAGUGUGUCCCACACUGGACAAGCAGUGUCAGCACAUCUGGGGCUCAGACGCACUGAAGGCAGAUGGCCAGUGCUAUGAGAGGUUCAACCCUACUGGGAACUUUAACGGCCAUUGUGGCAAGGAGAACAGCACCGGCUCUUAUGCCAAGUGUCUGCCUGAGGACAUCCAGUGCGGCCUGUUACACUGCUCUGGUGGACUCAAGCAGCCGCUGUAUGGGCCGGAUAAGGACUCUUCCAAGACCACUUUCUCAUCUAAUGGACAUGAAUAUGAAUGCAAAACGGUGCAUGGACCGUCGACCCUGGACCUCCCCAACCUGGGUAUCGUGCUGGAUGGCACCAGGUGUGGCGAGGAGCGUGUGUGCAUGAACAGGAAGUGUGUGGCCCUUACCAACCUGCAGCCCCUGCAGUGUCCAGGAAUGUCACAGGGGGCCACCUGCUUGGGGCGUGGGGUGUGCACAAAGGAUGACACGUGUUUUUGUGACCCCAUUUGGGCAGGGCCUGACUGUAGUGUGCGGCUGAAGGCCCCCCGCCCUGCCCUGUCCCUCCACUCCUUGCACACUACUACCGUUGUCACGACAACCAGUGCAGAGAAAGUCAGGGUCAUGCCUCUUAAUGUGACCUUCACCUCACCUCCCCAUGCAGUCACUACUGACAUGUCAUCAUCUGCAGUUGUGCAAGCAAAAGAAAACAGCUGGAUGGACACAAAGUGGAUGAUGAUCAUCCUGGCAGGUGUGGUUGGAGGGCUGGCAUUGUUGCUUGGAGUCUCUUUCCUCUGCUAUAGACGACGUAGCCCAAAGACUUCGAAAAAGAAGAAAAAGUUCAUCCAUCACUGUGAGGAAGGGGAGGUAGAGUCAGCCAACAAACUCAUCAAGUUUGGUUCCCUGCCCUCAUACAGAGAUGAGAAAACAAAAAGAAAGAAAGGCAAGAAAGGUAAGAAAGGAGAUAAGUCAGCAGAGGACAGUGAUGUGGAAUUACCUCCCCCGCCCGUCAUUAUAUCAGACCCAAACAGUGCAAAACCGGAAAAGGGAAUCCUCAAAGGUGCCUUCAGUGCUAUGAAGUAUGAGAACGACCGACGCAGCAGUGAGUCCAACACGGCCACCUCGUCUGGCAACGGAGAGGGAGACAGCGUGGGUCCGUACGACGAGAUUGACGAGGAGGACACUGAGGCGGGAGAGAUCCAGGACAUCUUUGGAACGUUUGACCAGCAGGGGAAGUCACUCGAUAACAUGAUUGAGUCUUCCAGCUUUGAUUUUAUGUUGCCACCGCCAUUCAGCAAUCUGGGUCUGCAGAAUCGGUCUCCUUCGCCACCUCGCAAGUUCACCGGCUAUGAUCGUCCUCUCUCAAACCUCACUCAGAGACCAAAUAUGUGGAUGCAGAAUAUCACCUCGCCGCCAAAGUCCCGUGUGUUGCGGAUGCGGAAUCUGGAUCAGCUGUUACAAACCAUCGAUCGCAAUACUAUAGACUUAUCUCCGUCGCCCGAUGACCCACCGGUUGUGAUUUCGCCGUCGACUUCGGAAGAUGUGAGGUCCAGUUCCACGGAUGACAGGCACUACCCUACGAGUAGUCAGGACCCACAAAGCCCAAACUCCAUCACGAGUGGCAGCACAUGCACGGCUCUACGGCCACUGCUGGGCAGUCAGUGGAGCAAGUAUGUGCUGCACAAGAAUAAUAGCAAUGUUGGGAAUUUUUGUUUGGACGACAUCGAGUCCCCAUUACCUCAUAUUAACAUACCCCCACCUAUGAAUCCGAUUAAUAUCAGAAGCAUUUUCAACUAUGGACAAAAACUUAGUGGCAGGGAUAACAGUGAUACCCCUCUAGGAAGCCAAAACGGUGAGUGUAGCUCAAACAAUGGGACAAACAAUUCUCGCAGUGGUUACGAGAAAAGUUCUGGGUAUGGAAGUGAACAUGACCCGGAAAGGUUUAGCAUCGAGGAUGUUUCUCGGAACCAUUCACGGUCUGGUUCUGCGUCUCCACCUUCAUUCAGCGCAGUGAUAAGGACUGGUCCCAACCAGAUCAAAUUGGUUCCAGCUGGUAAAUAUGGUGGAGCAAGCUAUAAUCCCAUGGAUAAUGACUUGCAGAAACUUCUGGAUGGAGUUCCUAGAAUCGAUGCGGGGUGCUAUGAACGAAGCCCAAUCCUACUGACUAAUGAGGGAUCAAGGGCAGGCACGUGUAGUAACGUCACGUCAGGAACGAGCACUCUGGAGACUUUGAAAAACUCCUCCCACGACUGCCAGUCCUCGAGUAUGAACUCAGAAACAAACACUCUUGUCAACUCUGAGUUGGACAUUUCUAACGACAUCUGUGACGAGUCUGUCAACACGCUUGAUCAGCAGCUGCGUGAAGCGAGCGAGGGUCGUUUCAUAAAUGACGGGGACGAGUCAUUCACAAGUGAACAUUCAAAGCACCCGCUACCUGAAUUACCAAAUGGUAUUUUGCCAAAUCCCAAGCCUUUGGGUGAAAUAGACCGAGAUCAAACAGAAAGUGGUCAGUGUAUUGACAGAAGCUUGGAAGAGAUAUCUCCUUUGGACAAUCACAAGAAUAGAAAUCAUAGGAAAAACUUGCGGCAUUCAAGCAAGGGCAAUCGGCCUCUGAGUCAGAGUUACAGUUCAAAAGACACAAACUGUGAUGAGGUUGCCACUGAAAGGGAUUCCUUGUUAGUGAAUAGGUUUAGUGCAAUAGAACCCCAUACUGUGGACAUCUGUGACUGCUAGUUACAAAGAUAGCAAAUGGUGUUCUAGUAUUUAUAGAAAUAUUUUUGCAUUGUGAAUAUCAUGUAUUUUGUUAUAAUGUAAGCCUCACUGCCUCUGGCCUAGUCAAAAGACAUUAUUCAUGGCCAUCUAUAUAGUCUGUUUAUACAGUUGAUCUUCAUGUUGAAAUGUCACCAAUAUUGUUUAAUCCCAUUUCACCUCAUUUUAAAAAAGACUUCAAAGUUGAAAUUAGUUGUAGUUAAACAAGGUUUGUAUGGGUAAUUAAUGAGUUAAUUGAUGAGAUUCUUGCAUAAUUAAAUGAAACCCAUCUUUUCAUAUCAUGCUCAUACUAUGAUAGAACAUGUAUAUUUAUUAGCGCAUCUUACAUCAUGGGCUAAUUUUAAAACUAUUGUAUUCGUUAAACAUUUUUUGGACAAAAACAAUAGUUUUAAACUGAACCCUUUAUUUAUUUGCGUUUUUUUCUUGCCAGGAUAUGGUCUCAAAUAUAAUAAAUGUGCAAAUUUUCCCUUUUUACAUGAAUCUCAAGUGUUUCUUUGAAACAAAUCUGAAUUCUGAAAUAGUUUUGCAUAUGGUUCAUCAAUAGAAGUUUUUAUACAGUGCAUUUGAAUUAUCAUGCUUGGGAAAUUGUUUACCUAAGCUAUUUAACAAAAUGCCAAAUACACUAUUUUUGUGUUGUAUAUUUUCUGAAACAGUUUCUUUGUGUGCUUUCCGUUAUAAAAGAUUUUACAGCUAUCAAUCAUUUUAAUAAGUAUAUCAUAUUACUGUUUAAACUUCAUUUUUGAAUUUCAUUUUAUUGGUUGCUCGGAUGCUACUGCCAUAAGAAGUAAUUCUUAUUACCAUGAAACCGUAACUUAUUUGGAUUGGUUACUUUUUUCUUGAUAAGAUUAUCGUCUCAAAUAUAAAUAAAUGUGCUUAUAAGAUGGUGUAAAUAAUCUGUCAUUAUCACACUGUUCAUACGACCAAGUCUUCCAGGAACAAUUUCCGUCAGUGAACAGAGUAUCAUGUACUCCGGUUGUGUUUCAAACCUGGUUAAGUGCACUGGAUCAGCAUUCUUUUUCCAACAAUGAGCUACUUGCUUCGAAAACGAUGAGUGUAAAGUGUAGUCCAAGAUUAGCUUGUGCAGUCUGCAUAGGCUAAUCAGCGACGAAACUUUCCACCCAAACUGGAUUUUUGAUAUGAAAUUACUUCCCUUCAACCAAAAAUACCAUGAAAGCAGAAAGUGUUGUCCCUGAGUUAGGAACAACAGCUUACCCAAAACAAAGCUGAAAUAUAUGUAACAAUGUGACUGCAGUCAUACUUUUUGUUGUACAAGUUGUCUUUUUCAUUUACUUGGAUGAACCACUUAAAUAUAUUUGCACAUAUUUUGAAGAAAAAAAUGUUUUUUUUAUGUUUUUACAACUUGUUGCAAUGUUUAUGUGCUUAUGGAUUUUCUCAUAAAGUUUAUUAUGUCAGAUGACCAAAGCUUUGUUUAUAAUUGUAUUUGGGUAAAGUUGAUUUCAUGUCAUAAUGAAAUGUGUAAAAAUCGAUUGCCUGUUGUGCACAUAUGCUUUUAAGUUAUGUUCAAACUGACAGUCCCAAUGCAUUUUUAUGAUUUGUAUCAUGAGAGAUAUAUUGGCCAUAUUUUCUUUUGUUAUUGCUAUUUAAUUGGAUUUUUGCUUGUUAAUUUAAUGAUAUCUUGUAUUUUAGAAUAUGUUUUCGUAAACUGUCUAUUCUGCAAAUAUUUAUUAAUACAAAAACAUUUACUGUUAUGAUUGUUGUGCCACUUUGGGAAUACAUUUGUGUACCUUGUUAAAGAGUACGUAUGGGAACAUGUGAAUACAUUUGUGUACCUUGUUAAAGAGUACGUAUGGGAACAUGUGAAUACAUUUGUGUACCUUGUUAAAGAGUACGUAUGGGAACAUGUGAAUACAUUUGUGUAC